AAGAAGAGCAGUCAGGAUGCAUCGACUCGUUCUCCUCUACGUGCUGGUGACUGUGUCAGUCGCCUGGUCUCGUCCUCAACUCGGCCUUCUCUCCUCAGAGAUGGUCGACUUUAUUAACGAAGCCAAAACCACCUGGAGGGCUAGACAGAACUUCUAUAACGCUGAUGUCAGCUAUGUGAAGGGGCUAUGUGGGACUAUACUGAAUGGACCUAAGCUGCCAGAGGUGGUUCAUGAUGUUGAGGGCAUGCAGCUUCCGGACAACUUUGACGCACGUCAACAGUGGCCCAACUGUCCCACAAUCCAGCAGAUCAGAGACCAAGGCUUGUGUGGAUCCUGCUGGGCCUUUGGGGCAGUUGAGGCAAUGUCUGACAGGUUAUGCAUCCACAGCAGUGGUAGGAUCUCUUUGGAGAUCUCAGCGGAAGAUCUGCUUACCUGUUGUGAGGAAUGUGGCAUGGGCUGUUUCGGCGGUUAUCCCUCUGCUGCAUGGGAAUACUGGACAAGGAAAGGGCUUGUGACAGGAGGACUGUAUGAUUCCAAAGUUGGCUGCAGGCCCUACACCAUCUCUCCCUGUGAGCAUCACGUAAAUGGAACCCGUCCACCAUGUCAGGGUGAACAAGAGACUCCUAAAUGUGAGAUGAUGUGCAUCGAUGGAUACUCACCAUCCUAUCCGAAAGACAAGCACUUUGGGAGAAGCUCGUACAGUGUCCCGUCACAGCAGGAGCAGAUCAUGACCGAGCUGUACAAGAGUGGGCCUGUAGAGGCGGCUUUCUCUGUGUAUGAGGACUUUCUGCUGUAUAAGACUGGUGUGUAUCAGCAUGUGACAGGGGAAAUGCUGGGUGGUCACGCCAUCAAGAUUCUGGGCUGGGGAGAGGAGAAUGGGACACCCUACUGGCUGGCUGCAAACUCCUGGAACAGUGACUGGGGAGACAAUGGUUUCUUCAAGAUCAAGCGUGGAAAUGAUGAGUGUGGUAUCGAGUCAGAGGUGGUUGCAGGAAUCCCACACAACUAGAUAAAAUAAGUCCUGGCUCCAGUAAAGACUGUAUUUUUAAAGAAGUGUAACAUUUGCAACUGUAAUCAGCAGUUAAUAAACUACACAACAUGAUGGAACCAAA